UGUGACCUGGGCGACAUGAAGCCGACGCAUCUGUUGGCCCGGAUGCAGGAUUUGGCAGCUGGUCUAAAUGUGAACGACGGUCUAAUGAAGAUGCUGUUUUUGCAGCGGCUGCCAGCAAACGUCAAAACUGUGUUGACGAUCCACGACGGCACGCUAACCAAGCUGGCGGAGAUGGCAGAUAAGAUGGUGGAAUCUUCCUGCUCCCAUGUUGCAGCAAUGACGUCGCAACCAGCUGUCCCGUCUACGGAGGAACUUGCAGAGCAAAUCGCCUGUUUAACAGCAGAAAUUCGCAAGUUAAAAGCUGGAAAAAUCAGGAAUGAGAGAAGCCGAUCCUCGUCUCGCGCACGGCAACGAUUCAGUGACCGUAGUAUCGUGUGCUGGUACCACAAAAAGUACGGCGCUCAAGCUAAUCAGUGUCGCGAGCCGUGUGCGUUCGGAAAUUCGCCAAAAAACUAAACGCUAGCCCAUCUAGCACGGCGGAGGUGGGCUCAAACAAGGAAAGCCGUCGCUUAUGUGUUUUCGACAGAAUCAACAACAUCCGCUUCCUGAUCGACACCGGAUCGGACGUCUCAAUCCUUCCUGCUAACAGACGAGACCGAAACAAGUCACCGAUUCCGUUCGUAUUACACGCCGCCAACAGCACAAAUAUAAAAACAUUCGAUACCCGUUUCCUGUACGUGGACCUCGGACUACGCAGAAAAUAUGCCUGGAAUUUUCUCGUGGCUGACGUUACCACAGCCAUCAUCGGAGCCGAUUUCUUAUCCUAUUUUGGAUUGAUGGUCGACCUCAAGCACCGACGCAUCGUCGAUGGAACAACGAAUCUUAAAGCUGCAGGUGGUGUGGUGCAUUCACCUCUACAUGACGUUACCACGAUCAACUACGAUCAUCCGUUCCGGCAAUUACUUGCGGAAUUUCAGGUGAUCACUCGUCCUUCGACGCUGCGAGCGGAAGUUCGUCAUGACGUCACUCACCACAUCGUUACAAAAGGACCCCCCGUAGCUUGAAAAGCAAGAAGGAUGUCACCCGAUAAAUUGUCAAUUGCGAAGCAGGAGUUCCAGACGAUGAUGGAUCUAGGCAUCUGCCGCCGAUCACGUUCCAGUUGGGCGAGUCCACUACAUUGUGUUCCCAAAAAGUCUGGACAAUUACGCUUUGUGGGAGACUACCGGAAAUUAAACAGUGUGACUGUGCCGGACAGGUAUCCGGUCCCCCACAUACAUGACCUCCUCAACACUCUUCAUGAUCGAUAUACCAGAUGGCCCGAGGCGAUCCCUCUGGAGAAUAUGACGGCGAACACUGUAGCAAUGGCACUCUGCUCGCAAUGGAUCGCGCGUUUUGGCUGCCCUGAAUACAUUACAACAGAUCAGGGACGUCAAUUUGAGUCCGAGUUAUUCAGGGAGCUGACGAUUUUACUAGGAGCCAACCACACACGGACAACGGCGUACCACCCACAAGCAAACGGGAUGGUCGAACGUUUUCAUCGACAGCUAAAGGAGGCCAUCAUGUGCGUCGACGCCAAGAAGUGGUUUGUUCGACUUCCAUUAAUUCUGUUAGGUUUGCGAACCGCUGUUAAGGAAGAUAUGGAUUGCUCCCCCGCCGAGUUAGUGUACGGUCAACCCUUGCGUCUACCUGGAGAGUUCUUCGAACCCCUGGAGAAGAUCAACGAUCGUGCCGAUUUUUCGUUGGACCUUCAUCGAGUAAUGGACCAAAUCAGACCAGUCGAAGCUAAACAUCACACCAAAGCGAAAGUGUUCGUAAAUGAAAAAUUGAAGGACUGCACACAUGUAUUUGUACGUUAUGAUGCCGUGAAGAAAUCUCUACAACGACCGUAUGACGGUCCAUUCCGUGUUGUUAGUCGUACAGAUAAGUAUUUGGACGUCAUAGUAAAUCAAAAAGUGCAAAGAAUUUCGAUCGAUCGAGUAAAACCAGCUCACACCGGACCAGAAACCGUAACCAGCUAUCCUGAAAAUAAGAAGACUAUAGUUACACCUACAGGCCACCGCGUAAGGUUCUUGGUGUAACUGGGGGGGCGCUGCGGCGACUGGCACACCCCUGGUAGCCACUCACACUAAGAGAGCAUAAACGACGACGACGAGAGUGAACCAACCAGAUCGAAGUGAGAGUUCGUACCUGUAACAACGCGCUAAAUUCGAAGAUCAAAUAAAUCGUAUUUUGUUAAGUA